UUUCCCAUGCAAAAUAUGCGACGAAGAGAAAGAUCAAGGAGAUGUAAACAAAAACUCUCCUAAAAGUGCUGCUGUCAACCUGAAGAAUAACGAGCUGAACUUGUACCACUGACUACCAAUAUCACUCGAUUAUAGCUUCAUUUAAUGAGCAUUUAAUUAAAAACCUAACAAUGGCAGAAGGAAACACUCUUUCCGGUGUAAAUGUUGUGCUUGUUAUGGCCUACGGAAGCCUGGUGUUUGUUCUGCUGUUCAUCUUUGUGAAAAGGCAGAUUAUGCGCUUCGCUAUGAAGUCUCGCAGAGGACCGCACGUCCCGUUGGGUCAUAACGCACCGAAGGACCUAAAAGAAGAGAUUGACUCCCGUUUGUCUAAAGUGAAUGACAUUCGCUAUGAGCCACAUCUGCUCUCUAAAGAUGACGAUCGACUGAAGCAUCAAGGCCAGAAUGGUUGUUAUAAUUAUCUCUUCAGAAUGCAAGCGUUAGAUGCCAUCAGAGACACUGAUCUCCCAUUUCACGAGUUGUGUCGCAGUGCCAGUGCUCUGACUGGUCGCCGCUACAGGAAAUGGCUGCUGGACCUGCGAAACUCUCAUUCUCUGUCCAAGUCGAGUCACAGUGCGCUCCUAGAUCGCUUAGUGGAGGGCUACGACAGCGCUCGUCACGGGACAGGGAUUUUUGGCGAGGCAGAGUUUGUGAAGUAUAAGGAAGAUCUGGCUGAACUGGCUGAUGUUGUCAAGACCUACUCCAGCAGCACCAAUCUAAACCAGCAGCACCAGUCAGCAGCUAAAGAUCUGACCAGCUCUCCCGGACCCUCGUCUGCCUCAACCAUUCAGGUCACGUACCUGCCGUCAUCCGGACAGCGCAGCAAGAGGCCCAAACACUUCCUGGAGCUCAAAAACUUUAAAGACAACUAUAAUACUCUAGAGAGCACACUUUAGAGCAUGAAACCCUUUUGAGGAACUGUGUAAAUUGAACUCAAACUGUGAAGCGGAAGCGUCGCUUACUGGAAAAUCCAUUUUGUAGAAAAGACCACAGUGGGAGUUGCAGUAAAAUGGCCUGAAAUCACAUUGAGAAUGUGAGAUUGAUUUAAGAUAUAACAAAAUCUGUGGGAUAAAUGUCAUUGUGAAUGCUAUAAGAGCAAUCCAAGAAUGUUACAUUUCUAAUUUUAUUGUUGUCCUGCCAGAACUCUUUACUAUUUUCUUAUGUUAAAAGUCAUAGUCACGGUUGACCAUUUUCUUUCUUUCUGAGAAUAGCCUUUAAAUGCGAAGAGGAUCAAUUUGAAGUUCUUUAGCUGAGAUGAAAAUAUUCUUACAUUUGUUUUAUAGUAAAACAACCAUCAUUUGAGGUUUCCAAAUAAGAUCCUGUGUCAGAGAAGAGAUGUCCGGAUGUCAUUCUCACAGAAACUGGGUGAAAAAAAUAUUAAUUUAUGUGCUACUGAUCAGAAUAUUGUCCUUGUCCUUAUUUUUUAAGUGCAAUUUAAAACAAUUUUAGUUCAUGUAAAUGUGUGUAUAAGGAAGAACAAAGUGCUUUGAGUCUUGAAGCGACGUGUUUUUCUGUCAUGGUAACGUAGCUUAAAGAGUUAUGAGAGGCUGUCUGUGUUGACUUUCACUGUUAUAAAGUCUUAAUAAGAUCUGA